AUGGCCCUGUGGCCAUUCCGGCGCCGGAGCAGCCGCAAGCGCUCCCGCAGCGGCGCUGCUCUCUCCGAUGCAGAGGGUGCGCCGCCGCCUACAAAUGAGGGAGUCAAGGCUGGUUUGAAGAAACGACGUACCGAGCCGGCCCGUCUACAACGAGCCACGCGUACUUAUAGCUUCUCACCGGGACGCCAGGAUGAUAUUCGAGUCGAACGGGACCGUGAUGACCGCUCUCCCGCCCGUCACCGUCCCGGUCGAUCGAGGACCACCGGGAAUCGCGAUGAGGGCAUUGGGGCAUGGGACCGGACGCCUACGCUCCAACCAACUCAACAACCAGGAAGGAGGAAAACAAGUAAGAGGAGGAGAGAAGAACAGAAUAGGGAGGCUGAGAUCAAGGCAAUGAGUAAUUUCGUGCCGGUGCGGCCUGCCACGGAUCAAUGGACUUCAGGCCGGCCGAUGAAGAAGGAUUCCAAGAGAUCCAAGACUGGUGGGAUUGGAAGGCAUCGGCCUAGUCGUACGUCGGAUGUCUCUCUCCCAGUCCCAGGAUCGAUCCAUUCGAGCCUGUCGUCCGACUCUGAGUUUGGCUCAUAUAAGGUGUCGGCACUUGCUGCCCUCGCCCCACGACCGACGCUUCGAUACACGCCCAAUUCACGAUGGACAACACCUCAUGUGCCUACUCCUCACCGGUCAGGCUCCCAGCGGAGGAAGCUCCUAGAUCAGGAGCCAAUUCCGGAGGAAACAAUGAGGGCACACAAACGUAUCGAUUCUCUCGCCGACGAUCUCGAUGCCCACGACCUCAGAGAGCUCAUGGAGAGGGAUAACCGACGACGGGAGAAGAAGAAACAGAAGGAGAGGCAAAAGAUGGAGCGUCGGUUGGCCCAAAGAGCCGAGAAACAAAAGGCGGAGGAAAUUGAGGCCAAGAAGUCUGGCACUCCGCCGCCAGAGAAUCUUGAGAGAGGAGUGAUGGGCCGUGAACUGGCAGGGUUAGGUAUAGAGCCCGCCUCGGCUGUCAUUGUCUCCAAGCCAGAUGUCUCUGAAGAUCCAGAACCCAUGGAUCUUACUGCUGAUGCUGAAGAAGUGGCCGAGUCUCCCAAGAAGACCGAGGAAUCUUGUCACCGCACAGACACGGUCACCUCCGAGCAACCGACGCCGAUGGAAGAGGUCGUUACGAAAGACACAUCUUCCGUGAUGCGGACGUCUACGGACACAGGACGCAUCUCCCCGGGAUCACGACGACUGUCUGGCAUCUUGAGAUCUGUGAAAUCACGGUCUAGGUCGACACUGCGUUCAGACCGGGAUAAGAUGGUUUCCCCUCCACCUGAGACGAUCAACGAGGAGGAUGUGCUACGUCAUGACACACACGACUCUGAUGGUAGCAGGGCCGGCCAUUUCUCUAUUAAGGCAUUCUUGCGGCUGGGCAGCAAGCGACAGAGACACUCAGGACCAUCAUCCUUCUCCAACACAUCUCGAGAAGAGAUGCAAGCCGCAGCAGCGGCGGCUCAGGCAAGGGCACAAGCGCAGGCGCAUGCACUUGCCAGGCUCGAGGGCGAAGAUUCGCCUAAUGCCUCGCGCACUAGCACGGGCAACUACAUCUCGCGCAAACCCAGCGCUGGUGCUCCCAAGCGAACUCGAUCCCGCUUCCGGGAGGACCUUCCCGAGUUGCCGCUCUCACCGCCAGCCUCACGCGUCCAGUCCCCAGAGGCUGAGCCUCCGAUGCCCGUGCUUACCGAGCAAAAGAUCCACGAGAUGGAACAGCUGCGAUCUUUGGGUGUGCGUUAUGAUACGCCCACAUCAGGCCAUCGAUCUGUCGAUGCCGUCCGCCGCACGCCCUCCACAAUGGAGCGAGCAUAUGUCUCGCCAUCCCCCGAGGCUGGAAUGUCCAUGUCUUUGGCCUCGAUUGACUCUGAAGGUUCCUGGUUGUCUGGCAACGCUAGUGCCCGAAGAGCUGCCAUGCGAGACAGCAUUCGACGUGCUAACCAGCGUGAGCAUGUCGACACGACUGAUUCCCCCACUAACAGUACCGAGGAGGAUCUCGAGAUUGUCGAGGAUGAGUACCUGACCAAGCUUACCCCUCGACGAAACUCUGGACAAGACAUGAUGGGUCGUCGUUCUGGUGAAGGACGCCCUAGCAGCGACGAGGAGGACCUUGUCGACGACGCCGACAUGAAGUGGGGUCGCGUUGGUUCUCAGCCCGAGGUUGUGCACCGAUAUACCAUGAAGAGCCACGAGGGCCUUUUGGAAAUUGAGUCCGAGGAUGAGGACAGCCAGGCAUCCCCAAUCUCGCCUUCAUCGCAGGAGGAUGCCGACGUCCAGCGCGCUAAGAGCGUGAACCUGGGCAAGGGUCACGUUCGCAACUUCAGCGCUGGUAGCGCUAAGCUGCUCGACAUUACUCCUCGUCCCUCCGUGGAUGCCAGGAGAAGCUCGGAGAGGCGACGAAGCCACGUUCUGCCUGCUAUGUGA